CAUAACGUAGAUAUAGAAAACAGAAUAUAAAUGUAAAUAAAUGAGAAACCCUUCAUUUCCUUUUGUACUCAUCUUGUUCUAUUUUAAAGCUAACAUUUUUAUUACAGAGACAUAUUCAUAUAUAUAGAUAGAUAACAAGAUCUUGAGAGAGAGAAAGGUGAGUAAGUAAAGAGCAAGAUCUGUGAUAGUCUCUGUAGAAGUUCAGAGAUAUAGAGAGAAUAAUGGAGAAAAGCUGUCACUCAUCAUCUACUUCUGGAGGAGAUUCUAUAACCAGUAGCAGCACUAAUAAUAAUAACAAUCCUAACAAUAAUAAUAAUAGACAGAACCCAAGUGAUCAUUUUCUCAAACAUCUCAAUAAAAUCUCUCAUAAGAUUUCUAAACAGCCAAUCGUUAAGAAAACCCCUCCUCUUCCUCCUCUUGAUCAGCACAAUAACCACCAUCAGAAUCAAAAUCUUCAUCAACAACAACAGCAGCAGCAGCAAAGUCAAACCCAGAGUCAGAAUCAAGAACUACAGAACCAACAUAAUCAGCAGUUACAGCAACAGCAACAACCACCUGUUUAUAAUAUAAACAAGAGUGAUUUUAGAGAUGUAGUACAAAAAUUAACAGGUUCACCAGCACAUCAUGAUAGAUUCUCAACACCACCACCAAUUCAACCACCUAAACCACCAAGUUCUCGACUUCAUCGUAUUCGUCCACCACCUUUACAACCACCUAGACCUACUUCUCCACUAAACAACCCCGCCGCUUUCAUACCUCAAUCACAACCUCCUCUUCCGAAUACAAACCCUAACUUCAAUAACAACAACCCAGGCAGUAGUAGCUUUGGAGGUAGACAAGUAACACCAUUAUCACCACUACCACCAUUUCCAUCUGUACAUGGUGCAGCAGAAUCACCAAUCUCUGCUUACAUGAGAUACCUACAAAGUACAACACCAACACUAGAUGCAGAAUCAAGAAAGUUCACUGGGUUCUCUUCAGUUCCACCAAUACUUUCACCUAAAUGGAAUAAUCAACCAAACUCGUUUUUUCAACAGCAACAGCAGCAGUUUCUUCUUCCUUCGCCCAAUUCAAUGGCUAAUUCGCAGUUUCCGAUGCCUAAUUCGCCUUUGGGAUUCGGAUUGCUCUCACCAAGUCUGCUUUUUUCGCCUACAAGUGGUCAAUUAGGGUUUCCUCAGUUCCCUCCUUCACCAAGGUUGCCAUUGCUGAGUCCAAGAUGGAGAGGUGUUUAAAACAUCAGGAUAAAUUUAUGUUCAAAAGAGUCAGUAUCAAGAGCGCCAGUGUCAGUCCCAAUAUCACGGGAGUCAGAAGGAAUGUCGCCCCUCACAUAUUCUCUCUCCAAAACCUGAUUAUUAUAGUUAUGGUUUAUUUUUUAUUUUUUAUUUUAUUAGUUAAAUAAUUCGUCGGAUCAAACUCUUAUUAGUU